GCUGCAUUAUUAUGAAGAUUCAGAUGUUGAAAAAUUACAUGUGACAAUACCAAAUUCUAUAAGUAGAGUUAUCUUGUGGCUAUUAUAUUUGUAGAAAUAAGCAUAUUUGUUUUGAUUAACAACAAGAGACAAUAAUACCAUGUUGCCAUAGAGUCUUUUCAUUUGUUCUAUACAAUAAUGGCAUUAGAAACAAGUCUCAGACUAAAGAUACUAACUUCAGCUCUGUUCAUUGCUUAUAUGUUAGGAGGAAAAGCAGAAGAUGAACAUGUACCUUAUCAAGUAGGAAGUGGAGGUCAUGACCCUGCUCAAGUUGUUGCUAGUGCUUUGCUAUGUUUCAAUGACAAAUAUAUUUAUAGCAGCUGUGAAGAGUCUUAUAGAUUAAGUGAGAGUGGAAAUCUUGAAGUUCCGCCGGAGAAGGCGGAGGAAUAUUGCGGUGGGCCGUGCCUUAAAGAGACACAUCUUGUGCUGAGCUGCAUUGAUAACAUCUUGGCCAACUUUCUGUUUUACAACAAAGCCACAAUACAAGAUGUUAGAGACACUAUUCAUGCAGGAUGUGGUUAUGGACCAGAAAGAGGAAAUUUUAAUGUGGCUCAACACAUUGAAGCUGAAGAAAGCAAUAAUGCUUAUCAGAAAGUAGUUUCAAACCAGAUCAUUCUGGUUUCUUUUGGGUUGAUCCUUUUAGGACCUGGUAUAUGGCUCAUUUGAUUUAAUGUUAUGUAUACAUACAUAUUACAUAUAUAUAUGUAUGUAUGUACUUAGUGUAAGGGCUGAAGAAGUUUAAUUGUACUAAAUAUAUGUAUAUUUUAUAUAUACUUGGCUCUGGCUGGUAUUAUAUAAUAGUUGUCUUAUAUUUUUCCCCAAA